UUUGUAAAAUUAAAAAAUAGACUGUAGAUCUAGACCUAGACGUAAACCGUGUGUAUCUUUAUUAGUGAAUAGUUAUACUACAUAUCAAAAUGUCUAGCAGAAAGGCUCAGCGAGCAACUUCAAAUGUCUUUGCUAUAUUUGAUCAAGAUCAGAUACAGGAGUUUAAGGAGGCAUUCAAUAUGAUUGAUCAGAACAGAGAUGGCUUCAUUGAUAAGGAAGAUCUUCAUGAUAUGCUUGCUUCAUUAGGUAAGGAUCCAGCAGAUGCCUAUCUAGAUGAAAUGAUGAGUGCAGCCCCUGGUCCUAUUAAUUUCACCAUGUUCCUGACAAUGUUUGGGGACAAACAAGGAACAGACCCUGAGGAUGUAAUUAGAAAUGCCUUCGCUUGCUUUGAUGAAGAAGGAACUGGAUCUAUUCCAGAAGAGAGGUUAAGAGAACUACUGACAACAAUGGGAGACAGGUUUACAGAUAAUGAGGUUGAUGACAUGUACAGAGAUGCACCAAUCAAUAAGAAAGGAGAAUUCAACUACCUUGAGUUUACACGGAUCCUGAAAUAUGGCAAACGUGAAAUGAGACACAGUAAUAGCUUUUAAAACAUAUGAACAACUUUGCAUUACUUAUUCUGGAUGCUGACACUAUAACUUUUAUUCUUGCUUAUUUCAUUUUUUUUUUCAUGGAGGAAGUAGUAUUGUAUGAAGUUUAAUAGGUCUUU